CACCGUGGGGCCAUUUCUCCUGUCUGCAGUUCUGCAGCCGACCUUCACCGCCAGGCAAGAGGGCUGUGUGCAAUGCAUGUCCCUCCCCCUGCCACGCCCCUCUUCUCCUAAGCUCCCUUCUCCAGCAAUUUCAUCACUUCCUGGAAUAGUCUGAACAUCUGCAGUCUAUUCACUGUUAAUAUUUAGCAAACAUAUGUCUCUAAGGCAUGGGCCGAGCUGGAGGAAGAUUGACAGCUCCAAGACUCCAAAAGCCAACUUCACAGGGUGACUCCCUGCUUCUGGAGGAGGAGACAGGAGAGCAUCGGGCUGGUGCGACGGAGCUGAGGCGCGAUGGAAUCUGGCUUCACCUCCAAGGACACUUAUCUAAGUCAUUUUAAUCCUCGAGAUUACUUGGAAAAAUAUUACAGCUUCGGGUCCAGGCACUGUGCAGAAAAUGAGAUCCUCAGACAUCUGCUGAAAAAUCUUUUUAAGAUAUUCUGCCUGGAUGGUGUAAAGGGAGAGCUCCUGAUUGACAUUGGCUCUGGCCCAACCAUCUAUCAGCUUCUCUCUGCCUGCGAGUCCUUCACGGAGAUCAUUGUCACUGACUACACAGACCAGAACCUCUGGGAGCUGCAGAAGUGGCUGAAGAAGGAGCCAGGAGCCUUUGACUGGUCCCCAGUGGUCACCUAUGUGUGUGAUCUUGAAGGCAACAGAACCAAGGGACCCGAGAAGGAGGAGAAGUUGAGGCGAGCAAUCAAGCAGGUGCUGAAGUGCGAUGUGAGCCAGAGCCAGCCUCUGGGUGGGGUCUCUCUGCCUCCUGCCGACUGCCUGCUCAGCACACUGUGCCUGGAUGCUGCCUGCCCUGACCUCCCGGCCUAUCGCGCUGCCCUCAGGAACCUGGGCAGCCUGCUCAAGCCAGGGGGCUUCCUGGUGAUGGUGGAUGCUCUUAAGAGUAGCUACUACAUGAUUGGGGAACAGAAGUUUUCCAGCCUUUCCCUGGGCCGGGAGGCUGUUCAAGACGCCGUGGAAGAGGCCGGGUACACCAUCAAGCAGUUCGAGGUGAUUUCUCAAAGUUACUCUUCUACCACAUCCAAUAAUGAAGGACUCUUCUCCCUAGUGGGGCGAAAGCUGGGGAGAUCUGAAUGACGUCCUGUGAUCCCCAUUAAAGGCUUGGUGGUUCACUUCA